AGACCCGUAUAUUUACAUUCUCACAUUGAACGUACCGUACUCGGAGAGACAAGAACGUUUAAAAUCAUGUCGGCUUACGAUCAGUUUGAGAAACUAUUUUGUGGAGAAUGGAAAUUCGAUAAAGCUGAAAAUGCAGAGGAAUUUUGCAACAACGCAAAGAUGUCUCCGGAGGACAAGCAGAUGCUCAUGAAUAUCUCCCCUGACAUCUUGUUCCAGCGGAAGGGAGACUCGUUCCUGCAGACGUACCGCCUCGCCCCCGGGGUCGAAAUCUCCGCCACCAUCAAGUUCGGUGAGGAGUACGAGUCCAGGGACACCAAUGAGCCGCCCCGAUGGCAUAACAAGGUGAAGCCAUCGUUCACCAACGGCGUGUUUGUGCAAGAGAUUUAUUCCCAGUUGCCCGGAAAAUGUGACCUUGUCGUGGAUGGCAAGAUGGAGGGAGAUUAUUUGGUCACGACAACGUGUGUAAAGGGGGACCCAAGCGUAAAGGGGAUAAAAUACUACAAGAAGGUAUAGAAGUCUGACAUGAAAAACACGUGCACCUGCUGAAGAGAUUGGAAAGCACACACGUGCCCGCGAUUACACGAAAAGACUUUCGUCUUGUUCCACGAUAACAAGAUGGCACAAUUCAAAUUUUACCAUUUUAAAAAUAUUUUAAAAUCUUAUGUACUAUAUUGAUAAAAGCUCAAUAGGUUGAAGAAAAUUCAUUCUUGAACAAAAAUAAAUACGUGAAAAAUA